AUGUACUUAUUUCGAGUCAACAAACCCGACAACAGGUCUCACGUUACCGGAGGAAAGAAAACCGGCAAGGAGCCCGUCAAGGCUUCCCAGGCCGAGGAAGACUCCGAUGCAGAACUCGAGAGAACGCUAGUGGAGGAGAGGAGCAAGAUCACCAUACUCGAACGGAAGAUCCAGGAGCUGACCGCCAAGCUCAACGAACUGGGAUCCGGAGCAAAAAGCAAGUUUGGUGAAGUUGACGAUUACCUCGCUCAGUUCAAAGAGCAGGUCAUCGCCUCCGCUCCCGCCAACGCCAUCAAGGCACCGACAUUGCCCAAGGCUGAGUACUUCGAAGGAACCCGAACCAAGUUGCGGGGAUUCCUCACUCAGAUGGACAUGCACCUCGACGUGAACAAAAUCAAGCUACCUAGCGAAGCCAGCAAGGUGAUUUUUGUGUCAACCUACUUGCGAGGCCAAGCUUGGAACUGGCUCGAACCCCACAUCAGAGACUACUACGAAAAGUCGUCGGAAGAAUGCGCGUCGGUAUACGCCUCUGAAUUCCAGCAAAUCAUCUCUUACUUGGAUCUGCCCGAUCGAGCGUACAUCCCGUACUUCGAAGCAGGGCUCAAGUCGGAAGUGAAGGACGAAUUGGCAAGGAUCGACAGACCCGAUAACUUGGACCAGCUCAUCGCCAUUGCGGUCAAGAUCGACAACCGCAUCAACGAGCGGCGAUACGAGCGAAAGGAGAUGGAUCAGUGGAAAAGAGGAAAAACCCACGGAUUGAACAGAUUCGGGCACGGGCGCCGCGAGAACAGGGCACCCAGAGACCCCGACCCAUAUGGCCCAAAGCCAAUGGAAUUGGACGCCACUCAAGAAGAGCAAAAGGAGCGUCGACAAAAGAAUCUCUGCUUUACCUGCGGGAAACCGGGGCACCGGGCAUUUGAAUGCAAGCAGAAGAAACCGUUCGAGAAACGGCAGCACAUGCGGGCAACGCGGGAAGAGCUACGCGCGACCCGAGAAGUCCGAAGCGACUACCCAGGCACAGAAGCCCUGGAAGAUCUCUUGGCAAGAUGGGGAACCCUGAGCCCAGAAGAGACAUUGGCGGGCAACCUGUGUACUGAAGGGUUAGCCGACGAGCCAGAAUUCGAGUAUCCGGAAAUAGACUGGGAUACGGUGGAGAGUCAGGGGGGGACACAGUAUGUCCCGCAGGCAUUGCAAAGCCAAGACCCCGUAGGACUUCGGAUCGGAGAAAACACAGAAGGGUGGUCGGAAGGAGCGCACGGACCGGGGACCGCGGUCUCAAAACCAGGCUCGUCGCAGAACCACCAACCCCUCAAGACGAUCGGUGUGGGGCCAACCAGGGCGCAGGAGCCAAACCCCAACACCACCAACGACCUAAGAACGCCAGGCGUGCCAAAGAAAACAGGUCGAGAAACCCACCACAGAUGCCGUGCGAUCCCAGGAAAGGGACACGAAGACUCAGAAGAGCAAGAGAACCCUGGGUACCAUGACCGAGGUCAUGAAGAGGCCGGAGCGCCUGAAGGUCCUUCCCGAGGAGGAAGUCGGACCGAUAGAUUGGAGCAGCAUCUCCUCGGAAUUAUGGAGAAAGGCGACGACCCAAUAGGAUGCCGUGCGAUCCCAGGAAAGGGACACGAAGACUCAGAAGAGAAAGAGAACCCUGGGUACCAUGACCGAGGUCAUGAAGAGGCUGAAGCGCCUGAAGGUCCUUCCCAAGGAGGAAGUCGGACCGAUAGAUUGGAGCAGCAUCUCCUCGGAAUUAUGGAGAAAGGCGACGACCCAAUAGGAUGCCCAUGCGAGAAACCCACUUGCGCGUGCAAAGGAUACGCACGACACCCGGAACACGGCAAGAUGGCCAGUGUUAUGUGCUACGACGAAACGUGCACCACCCAUGAAUCCGCAAAAUUGGAUCAUGGCAUCGAUCCCAGACCACUGCGGUGGAUGAGCAAGCCAGAAUGGAGGCUUGAGUACCAAGGAGUAUGGUACAACGGGCGUCAGGUAUGUGACCACAAUGGUCAACCCGCAACGCAUCUAGCAGCCACCACGACAGGGAGACAUGUCAAGUUGUAUGUGACCUUACCUCAAGGAAGAGCUUGGACUCUCAUUGACUCAGGGGCUACGAACAACUUCAUGAAUCCAAGGUUCCAAAAAGACAAGAAGAUAUGGACCAAACCCCUGCCGCGUGUGAUUCCCAUUGCAGGACUCAACGGAGAAGUGCUCUCCGGAGGAGUCAGUGAAGAAACCGCCACACUACCCAUGUCUGUCCAUAGACACCCAGAAUUGAUUAAGUUCAACGUUCUGGAAACGGGAGACUACGACAUUGUGCUAGGCAUUCCAUGGCUUAGGAAGCACAACCCGAGUAUUGAUUGGCAAUCGGGAGAGAUUACCUUCAACAGAUGCGAGUGCAUGGAGCGGUACGACAGCUACGAAACGCGUCGGAGAAAGGCCGCCCAACGGAGCAACCAGCCUCCCAAGAGAAGAAAGAACGAAAUAUUAACGGAACCAUUUCCGGAACAAAUUCACAACAUGACGGAAGAAGAAUUGAAGGAAUACAUAACCGUCAAACAUGAGAAGCUGUACGCAACCAGCGACGAACCACGAAUUCCAGAAGAAUACCGUGAGUUCACGGAUGUGUUCACGGCACCAGCCGAAGGAGUGUUACCAAAGCACGGGACAUUUGACCACGAGAUCAACACAAUGGAGGGGACCGAACCUACUUUCAAACCCAUCUACCAGCUGUCACAGAAGGAGUCAGAAACACUCAAGGAAUACAUCAGCGAAAACCUAAAGAAAGGGUACAUCCGGGCCUCGAAAUCAUCGGCCGGAUACCCAAUCAUCUUCGUACCAAAGAAAGAUGGGAGUCUUCGACUUUGUGUGGACUACCGACAUCUGAAUUCGAUUACCAUCAAAGAUCGGCACCCACUUCCUUUGAUCCACGAAAUGCAAGACAGACUUGGAAGAGCGAAAUAUUACUCCAAGUACGACAUUACCAAUGCGUAUCACCGCAUCAGAAUCAAGACAGGACACGAAUGGAAAACAGCAUUCCGCACGAAGUACGGACACUUCGAAUACUUGGUUAUGCCUUUCGGCCUCACCAACGCACCAGCAACAUUCCAACGCUUCAUCAUCAAAGCAAUUGAAGAAUAUCUGGAUCUCUUCGUGAUAGUGUACCUAGACGACAUUUUGGUCUUUUCAGAGACCUUGGAAGAGCACAUUGAACACAACAAACUUGUGCUGCAAAAGAUGAGAGAAGCUGAGGUUACUCUCAAACUGAAGAAGUGCGAAUUCCAUGUGCAGGAAACCACUUUCCUGGGAUAUCGCAUCAGCCCCAACGGACUGGGGAUGGAAGAAGAGAAAGUCAAGAGCAUCAUGGAGUGGCCUACGCCCAAAAGCAUGAAAGAAGUACAACGAUUUCUCGGUCUAGCCAACUACUACCGGAAAAUCAUCGACGGGUACGCGGGAGUCGCGACGGGACUCUACCGGCUCACGAAAAAGGACCAGAAGUUUGAAUGGGACGAAGCAGCCGAAGACUCGUUUCGAAAACUCAAGACACUCUUCAGCAAAGGAACAAUCGUGGCAACAUUCGACUACGAUAAACCAAUCAUCAUGGAAACUGACGCAUCAGACUACGCUCUAGGAGCACGGUUGACGCAACCAGGACAAGACGGGAAGUACCGACCAGUCGCAUUUUGGUCGAGAAAGAUAAUCCCCGCAGAACUCAACUACGAUGUGCACGACAAGGAACUCUUGGCUAUAGUGUCAGCAUUCCAAGUCUGGAGAGAAUAUCUAGAAGGAGCAAAGCACACCGUGACGGUCAAGUCAGACCAUAAGAACCUCACAUUCUUCACCACAACGAAGGUUCUUACACGACGACAAGCGCGAUGGGCUGAGACCCUUGCACAAUACGAUUUCAGAAUCGAACACUGCAAAGGGACAGAGAACAGCCAAGCCGACGCUUUGAGCAGACGACCAGACUAUGAACUCGGCACCAAAUCAGCAGAACCGGCUGUAUUGAGACAAAACUCAGAUGGUACCAUUUCAUACAACAAACAAAUCCUGGCCGCAACAAUGGAGGUCGUAGACGACGACUUCUUACAAAAAAUCCGAGAUGCAUUGGAAGGAGACGCAAUCAACGAGCUCGCCACAGAAGGAAGCAAGCUCAUCAGUGACGACACUGGACUACUCCACAUGCACGGAUUGAUAUAUGUCCCAAGCAAAUUGAGAAAUGAGGUCAUACGACGACACCACGACGACCUCUCACACGGACAUAUGGGGGUAGAAAAGACCAUCGAACACAUUACGCGAAACUACUAUUUUCCGAACAUGUAUCGAAAGGUCCGAUUCUACAUCAAAACAUGCGACACGUGCCAGAGAAACAAGCCUGCACGGCACUCGCCAUACGGAGAAUUACAACUAUCGGAGACACCAACGAAUCCAUGGGAAUGGAUCACGAUGGACUUCAUCACGAAGUUACCAGUCUCAGAAGGACAACACGACAUGAUCAUGGUUAUAGUCGAUAGGCUCACAAAAUACGCCUACAUGAUCCCGACUACGGAAACCAUUGAUGCCAAUCAGAUGGCAAACAUCGUGCUAAGGCAUGUGGUUGCAAACCACGGAUUGCCAAGCAAGAUCACAUCGGACAGAGACAAGCUGUUCACAUCGAACAUGUGGCAGUCGUUUGCGGAUCAAAUGGGGAUUGAGCUUAGACUCUCUACCGCCUACCAUCCACAAACCAAUGGACAAACGGAAAGAGUGAACCAAACACUGAAGCAGUACCUGAGGCACUACGUGAAUUACCAGCAAGACAACUGGGCAGGACUGUUGCCGACAGCACAACUGGCAUACAACAACGCGGUACACUCUACAACCAACGAAACACCAUUCUUCGCGAACAAUGGGUACCACCCAGUGACGUUCGGAGAACCAAUUGGCAAGGCAGCUAUGGCAGAAUCAGCAAGGCUGAAGGCCACGGAGCUACGGAAGUUGCAUGCGCAACUAUCCAGGGACAUUGAUUUUGUCAACCUACGCAUGAAGGAAUACUACGACAAACACCAUCAGUGGAAGAAAAAAUGGGACCAGUCAAUUGUCGCUUAA